GAGCGCGGUGCCGGGCGCAGACGGAGCGGCCGCGGCGGCGCCAUUUUGCGGCGGUGCGGGAGGCGCGGGCGGGAGGUGGCUGUGGCGAUAGUGCCGGCAGUAGCGGUAAUAGCGGUAACGGUGGCGAUAACAGCGGCCGUGGGUGUUAUUGCUGCUAAUCGGGACUAGCGUCCCCCUUUCGCCCCAGCCCCUUGGCCAGGACUCUGCCGACAUGAGCGACGUGGAGGAGAACAACUUCGAGGGGAGGGUUAAUGUUCGUGAAGAAAUUGAAGAGUUUUUUCCAAGAAUGUGGAAGAUAAAUCAAGAUAAAAGAAGGCUAAUGAAAAGUAUUAAAGAUCAGAAAAUUAAAAUUGAAUGGGGGAAAAAAUUGAACAGAAGAUUGGUCAGAUAGAAGCACUUGAAUAUUUUUUUAAGGCUAUAAUGAAUUGUUUGAAUUGGGGAAGAAUACACGAAGUAUGAAAAAUGAAAAACUCAAUGAAGAAUGAAGAAAAGUAGAAAGCAAGAGUGAAGUAGAAUUAAAAGAAUCUGGAAGAAUGAAUGGGUCCUAGGUUAAGUAAAUGAGUCUCGCUCCCAGUCAAAAUCUCCAGCUGGGAGUCCUGCUCGUGUAAAAUCAGAGAGCAGGUCAGGAUCUCGCAGUCCAUCGAGGGCUUCCAAACAUUCUGAGUCGCACUCUAGGUCAAGAUCAAAAUCAAGAUCCAGGUCCAGAAGACAUUCGCACAGACGUUACACUCGUUCCAGAUCGCAUUCUCAUUCCCAUAGGAGACGUUCUCGAAGCAGGUCGUACACACCAGAAUACCGUCGUCGCAGGAGCCGUAGUCAUUCUCCAAUGUCCAACAGGAGAAGGCACACUGGCAGCAGAGCUAAUCCAGAUCCUAAUACCUGUCUUGGAGUGUUUGGUCUCAGUUUGUACACUACUGAGAGAGAUUUGCGUGAAGUCUUCUCCCGUUACGGACCUCUGACUGGUGUCAAUGUGGUUUACGAUCAACGGACUGGACGCUCAAGAGGAUUUGCUUUUGUGUAUUUUGAGAGAAUUGAUGACUCUAAAGAGGCAAUGGAGCAUGCAAAUGGCAUGGAGCUGGAUGGCAGGAGGAUUCGAGUGGAUUAUUCAAUCACCAAAAGAGCACAUACACCCACCCCAGGCAUCUACAUGGGCAGGCCAACACACAGUGGAGGAGGUGGUGGUGGUGGAGCAGGUCGUCGCCGGGACUCAUAUUAUGAUAGAGGGUAUGACAGAGGAUAUGACAGAUAUGAAGAAUAUGACUACAGAUACAGGAGACGAUCACCAUCGCCUUAUUAUAGUCGAUACCGAUCGCGAUCAAGAUCCCGUUCCUAUAGUCCAAGGCGCUACUGAAGAUCAGAAGAGUUACAGUUGAGGACUUGAUUUUUAAAUACAAAGUUCAGAUCUUUAGCAUCCCUACUGCUUUCCCUUCCAUCUUCCCUUUCUUGUCCUCCUUCCAGCUCUUUCACAAGUCUUUGGUUCAUUUAGGAUAUACAUAUUUUCAGUUGAAGUAUUCCCAUUUUCGAUCCCUUCUUAUUGUAAUACUCUUAAAUAUUGUAAUUGUUGUAGUUUUUGUGUAGUAAAACAUCUUGAGCAAAAAAAUAGAGAACCCCAAAGUGCUGAUACAUUUUGGAAGUCAUUCCUAUUUUAUUUCUAAGACAGUUGGACUCCUGACUAAUCAGAAGAGAACAUUGAUAUUUUUAAAGCUUGCAUGUCAUAUGUAGUAUACACACUCGGAUACUUUAACAUAAACCUGCAUUUCCAAGUAACUUGUUAAUCUUUCUGUUAAAAUGUUUACCUAUUACUUUGAUAAACAAGUAAUGACUUUUGAGUCUUUUCUGUAAUGAUGAAUUUGCUUAGAUAGUCAUGAACCAGAGGAUUUUUUAAUUUUUUUUUUUUUGUCAAGUAGUUUUUGUCUACUUUUGAAAGUAGACUAUUUGAGCUAGAUCAGAGUUUGGUAUUUGACUGACUGGGAGAAUAGAUCCUUGUACACUCAAAAUUAAGGCUGUGUGUUUUAUAGAAAAAAGUUUCUGGAUUGCUACACAGUGGAUAACAGUUGAAAUUAAAAUUGUUAAAUUUCUGGAGUCUUUGUGGUACUUCAUUGAAUAUUUCCCCUUAAUUGGUGCAGGAGAAAAAAAUAUUUAUUGAACAUAGCAAUUAGUUAUAUAAUUUGCUGUUCAUGAAAUAAAAAAUGGCCAACUUUUUGGUAUUAAAAUAAUGAUGGAGCAAGUUUUGUUUCCAGUCCUUUUUGAACUUUUGGAAGUGUAGAUAGAAAAACCUAUAGCUACAUGUAAGCCUUUUUUUCCCUCAAUAAAAGUUAAGUCCACUGA